UAUGUGUAUUCCAAAAUAAUACGGACACCAUGAAUAUCAGACCAAGGUGUCGGGAAUGGCUGCCAUUGAGCACACAACAAUUGCGUUUGAGAAAUCUAUCAGCCAUACAAGGGAUUAACAUUGAAUGUAAUCAGGUGGAGUGCUGCAGCUGUAGUCCCUCGUCAACGACAUCGCUGUGCCCCGGAGAAGAUAUACAACAAUCUGAUGCGUAUUGUGCUUGCCCAGAGACGUUAGUGUAUUUUACACUACAUGAUCAUCCGGAAAAUGAGCCAUUCUAUGAAAGUGAAAAGUUACCCCUACGUUUGUAUUUACCCGUAAAAUGGGCGGAGAUUCAUUGUCUGUCGAUGAUCAAAUCCAAUGCAAAUUGUGUUUGCAUUAAAGUCUGGGCGAAGGUUAAGAAAGCGUCUGAAGCAACCGAAGGCCAAACAAAUAAUGGGGACUGUUUAUGUGGUAGUGAAUACCUGCCGAGUCAUGUAUUAAUGUUUUGUUUUCUUUGUUUUCCAUGUAGUGCCUUAUCGCUGGAAUUUGCCAAAUCCAGAAGACAGAAUAUACCUCCCGACAAACUGCUCUUUACGUGGGGCGUUUACUUUUCCGGACUCAUUCCUUUGUCACAAAACAGUGAAGCAAAACUAAAUAAGAAUUCCCUUAUUUUCCAAAUGAACGACGAACUGUUUGCUUCGCCGGAUAACUUCACGACGGAAAAUCUAAGGGAACAAUUGGCCUUAAACUAUGAACGAUAUUCGGCCAGUGUGCCAAAGUGUAGCAUACCCACACCCGACGAAUUUACCAUAAAUUCCCCACACGUUAGUCGUAGUUCCAGCCCCACGGCAGUGGACUGGCAGAGAGACCUACUGCGUAUGUCUCGCACCCGUUAUGCCCAGUUGAACUGUGUGCGUACCGAGGUCAGAACCAGUUACGAUUUAGUCAAACUACUGAGAUUACAACAGCUGCAGCGACAACGGCUACAGACGCAGCGUGAAUGUGUCGAACUGACAGCCGAAAUAAAACGCUUGAGUCUAAGAUGCAUAACCAAAGAACAGCUAUUACGUAAGCCUAGAACAACAUCGUUAAGUUCAUCGUCCGCAUCCUUGUCGGGAACUGCCUCUCAAUACCAUUCCAUGGGACGUACAUUAAGUCUCUUGUUGGCCGAACAACAACGCAUUGAUCCUCAUCAAUUGUUGCAUGCCCAACAGUUGCAGCAACAAUUGGAAUCUCUCAAGUCGCGACAAAGACUCCUGCAAAGUGCUCGUGAUACAUUUUCUAAACGCAUUACCUACUUAAGGCAACAACUGACAGCGGCAAUUGCCACAAGACAACAGCUGGAAUUGUGUCUGGAGAAGAGUAGACAAAAUCUUAGCAAAGAAAAGGCGGAAUUGGAAGAGUUAAGCGUCCAGCAAUUGGAGCGGAGACAACGUAAACGUUCGGUAACACAACAUGUGGAACGGCGUAUGUCUUCGUUGUGUAUAGAGUUAAGGGAGAUCUAUCCGAUAUGUGAGAGUGGUCGUGGUGUCUACACGAUUUGUGGUGUUCCUUUUCCUUCGGUCGAAGGAUACGUAUACGAUUCCAAUAAUCCCAAUAGUGUGUAUAUAUCAGAGAAUAUAACACCAAUGGCCAUAAGUGCCUCAUUGGGCUACGUAGCACAUUUGGUAGAAAUGAUAUCGGUUAUUAUAAAUCGUCCUUUAAGAAAUCCUAUUAUCUAUGAGGGUUCUCGCACACGCAUCAAGGACAUUAUUAAAGAUAUUCCAUCUUAUACAUUAAGAGAAUAUCCCCUCUAUAGCCGAUCAUCAAUACCAACAAAAGCUAUGAAAUAUGCUAUAAAUCUAUUAAAUCAAAAUAUAGCUCAAUUAAAUUAUGAAAUAACUGGCAAACGCUGUGACAUACGCUGUACCAUUGGCAAUAUUCUACACAUCUUCGAAAUGUUUGUUGAAAUCGAACAAAACAAACGAGAGAUACGUUCAAACGUACGGACAUUGCCGCAAAAACGUUUAACCAUCAACGAUAAUGCAAACGAAUUGGAUGGGCCAAAUAAUCAUGAUCAUCAUCAUCAGCAGGAGCACAAUAAUGAAGAUCCAUACAUACACACAACAAUCAAUAAUGGCAAAGAUUAUUCUCUGUCCAAAUCUCAUUCAUCUGUAGAUAUGAAUCAUAUGCAGCCGCCUACAAUAACCAUGCAUCGUCAUCAUCAU